GGUGGGGCCUUGUCUGGUUCUAGCUCUGAGGAUGAUUUGUGAAUAAAAGUGGGUUUGGGAAAUGGAUCACCUUUGCAGUCGGCAAAGUGUUGUUGGGUGUUCGUGUGUCCGUGUGAGCUGUUUGGGAAGACGUGCUUUGGGAAGACUCCUUUGAAUGUAAAUUUAAUCUGGAUUAUCCAUAGCUGUGCGGGUUGGAACUGUAAGGGUUUUCUCUGGACUGCUUUGUGUUGAUCUUAUGCAUUAGCUGCCGGGCUGCAUUCUACGCUUUGGCUCUGUGUAUGACACGGACUGGAUUUCGUAUUGCUGACUUCUCCUUCUCUGACCUGGACUGGAUUUCGUAUUGCUGACUUCUCCUUCUCUGACCCGCACUGGAUUUCGUGUUUCUGAUUUCUCCUUCUCUGACCCGGACUAGAUUUCGUAUUGCUGACUUCUCCUUCUCUGACCUGGACUGGAUUUCGUAUUGCUGACUUCUCCUUCUCUGACCUGGACUGGAUUUCGUAUUGCUGACUUCUCCUUCUCUGACCUGGACUGGAUUUCGUAUUGCUGACUUCUCCUUCUCUGACCCGGACUGGAUUUCGUAUUGCUGACUUCUCCUUCUCUGACCCGGACUGGAUUUCGUAUUGCUGACUUCUCCUUCUCUGACCUGGACUGGAUUUCGUAUUGCUGACUUCUCCUUCUCUGACUCGAACUGGAUUUCAUAUUGCUGACUUCUCAUUCUCUGACCUGGACUGGAUUUCGUAUUGCUGACUUCUCCUUCUCUGACCCGCACUGGAUUUCGUGUUUCUGAUUUCCCCUUCUCUGACCCGGACUAGAUUUCGUAUUUCUGACUUCUCCUUCUCUGACCUGGACUGGAUUUCGUAUUUCUGAGUUCUCCUUCUCUGACUUGGACUGGAUUUCGUAUUGCUGACUUCUCCUUCUCAGACCUGGACUGGAUUUCGUAUUUCUGACUUCUCCUUCUCUGACCUGGACUGGAUUUCGUAUUUCUGACUUCUCCUUCUCUGACCCGGACUAGAUUUCGUAUUGCUGACUUCUCCUUCUCUGACCUGGACUGGAUUUCGUAUUUCUGACUUCUCCUUCUCUGACUUGGACUGGAUUUCGUAUUGCUGACUUCUCCUUCUCAGACCUGGACUGGAUUUCGUAUUUCUGACUUCUCCUUCUCUGAUCUGGACUGGAUUUCGUAUUUCUGACUUCUCCUUCUCUGACCUGGACUGGAUUUCGUAUUGCUGACUUCUUCUCUGACCCGGAUUGGACUCAAUGACAGCGACACUGUGUUUGGGUGACUUCGACAGAUGUCUUCGGGCGCCUGCUGGUCCUGCCUGCUGACGUCCUGCUGGGAAUUGGCGUGCCUUCUUUGUUGUUUUACAAAGUUUGUUUUUAAAUUGGAUUAUGCUCUGGUUAAAUCCGGGUUAUUCUCCAGGUUCUGGGGUUUGUUUUGGUUGCUGGGAAUUCUGUGUUUCACAGUGAAGUUUUAGUGUUUUGAGCCUUUUGAGUUUGUUUUUGGGCUCCUUUUGGUUGUGAACUAAUGAACUGUAUUUAUACUAAAGUCUGGUCUGGCGCUUUAAGAAGUCUGUGUUGCAACAGAGAGUCUUACAAUAUUUGUCCUAUCAAAGCUCAUAACAAGCAAAGUACAUUCUCAUAUAUAUAUUGUAGUAUUUACAUCAAGUAUACAAAAGUGAUCUGACCAUUCACUGAGAGAUGAAAUAAUACUUUAUUUCCAGUGUUUGGCCUAAGACUAUUUGGAGCAUUUGGGAAAAAAUCCCUCUUCCUUGACCUUGAGGGUCUGUCCCAUGAAUACUCCCCCCCCCUCCUUCUCUCUGCGGCAUCCAAAAUAUCUGUUUGCAAACAGGUGCCGGAUGUGACCCAUAGCGGAGGGAUGGAUUGAAAGCAAACACUCCCAUCUGUGCCCAUGCCUUUCUUGCUUUGGGGACGGGCGGGGGGAUAUCCGGUGUCUCCCCCGCUUUGGAAGCCCCAAAAUAGCCUCCCUUUGCAUUCAGACACACUCACACUCACACUCACCCCAAAAAAGCCUUUGCUGCAGCAACAGAAGAAGAAGAAGAAGAAGAAGAAGAAGAAGAAGAAGAAGAAGAAGAAGAAGAAGAAGAAGAAGAAGAAGGGGGGAGAUGGGACCCUGCCUCUAUUUGGGGGCCCUUCUCUUCUGGGGGUCCCUCUCCUGGGUGGGGGCCAAUGAGGAGCGGAGGCUGGUGGAGACCCUCUUUGCCAACUACGACCGGACGGUGCGGCCGGUGCUGAACGGAGGGGAGGCCCUGGAGGUGUCCAUCAAGCUGACCCUCACCAACCUCAUCUCCCUGAACGAGAAAGAAGAGACGUUGACCACCAACGUCUGGAUCGCACAGCAAUGGAAGGACUACCGCCUGAACUACAGCAGCGCAGACUUUGGUGGGAUUGGCACCAUCCGGGUCCCAGCGGACAUGGUCUGGCUGCCGGACAUUGUCCUGGAGAACAACAUCGACGGCAACUUCGAGGUGGCCUACUCGGCCAACGUGCUGAUCUACGAGGGGGGCUCCAUGUACUGGCUGCCCCCGGCCAUCUACCGCAGCACCUGCUCCAUCGAGGUCACCUUCUUCCCCUUCGACUGGCAGAACUGCUCCCUGGUCUUCCGGUCAGGAGGGGGCUCAGUGGGGGGGGUGGGGGGCUUCGGGUCGGGGGUCUCGCCUCAAGGAUCUUCCUGGGAGAAGCAAUGAUAGGGAUUGCUUUCAUGGCCCAGAUUGGCCUCAGCCAGGCUUUGUAGCUACAGACCUCAAAAGACCCCUCCCCAAUAUAUAUAAAAGGGUAAUGAAAUUUCGGCCUAGGACAAAACAACAAAACUACGCAUCCCAGAAACACUAAACUUGGCAGCACAACCCCUCAUCCAUGCCUCUAGGUUCAUACAACAAAAAGAAAAGAAAAAUAAAGUCCUAAUUAGAGGGAGAGGAAUAAUUGUUUUUAUCCAAUUGCUGCCAGUUAGAAGGCUAAGCUCCACCCCACUUGGCCUCCUAGCAACCCACUCAUAGAGUCAUAGAAUCAUAAAAUCAUAGAGUUGGAAGAGACCUCAUGGGCCAUCCAGUCCAACCCCCAGCCAAGAAGCAGGAAAUCGCAUUCAAAGCAUCCCACUCAGCCCAGGGGACAGGCAGAGUUAGGCCUCACUUUGGCCUCUUCCACACUGCCUAUAAAAUACAGAUUAUCUGAUCUUAAGUGGAUUAUAUGGCAGUAUAGACUCAAGACCUUUUCACACAGCCCAGGGGACAGGCAGAGUUAGGCCUCACUUUGGCCUCUUCCACAUUGCCUAUAAAAUACAGAUUAUCUGAUCUUAAGUGGAUUAUAUGGCAGUGUAGACUCAAGACCUUUUCACACAGCCCAGGGGACAGGCAGAGUUAGGCCUCACUUUGGCCUCUUCCACAUUGCCUAUAAAAUACAGAUUAUCUGAUCUUAAGUGGAUUAUAUGGCAGUAUAGACUCAAGACCUUUUCACACAGCCCAGGGGACAGGCAGAG